AUGCCCAAACGCACUCUAGUUACAGUGGCGACAUCACCUUCAAAGAAGGUGAAGGUAGCUGCGGACCAGCACAGUCUCGAUAGGUAUUUCGGUGGACAAUCACCCACGAGUCGCGGGCGGACGGCCACCGGCGGAGCAAGAAAAAACGAGAACAAGCUUUCACCACAAUCAUCAGGUUCGGGCUUCGCUAUUAGCGGACGUGAAGAAUCAGUGCAAGAUGGCCCUCUUACUGGCGGAUACAUGGGCUGCGACGAGUCAUUAGCUUGGGCCGUCGCUAAAGGUGACGGUCUUGACCUGGAGGGGCUGAGAAAACUGGAAACAGCCGCAAAACUGCGAUCGUCCUCUCGGUCUCGCGCCACCACGAAGGAACCUGUAGAGGUGAUAGAUGUGGACCUUUUGGAUGAGUUCAUUCAAACUCCAAAGGCUGGUCCUUCGAGACCGGCUGGAUCCGCAUCGCGUUCUUCGAAUCCGCCUAGGACCACCUAUGACAACCCCAUUUACCAAAGUGUCUCAGUAGACCCAGUGUUUUAUGUGGUCUCUGAUCUUUCGACCACUGGCAGCCCGAUCCCUUAUUCAUUCCUUGCGCACACAUUAUCUUCACUCUCAGGGACCCGUUCUCGCAUUACAAUCAUUAAUAUCUUGACAAAUGCACUGCGAACUAUCACAGGGCAACACCCACCUUCCCUCCUUCCGGCACUGUAUUUACUUUCAAAUUCUCUCUCUCCCCCAUAUUCGCCAAUUGAGUUGGGACUAGGCCCAUCUAUCAUCUCCAAGGCGGUACAACAUGUAUCCGGACUGACUUCUACUGCCCUCCGUCGCCUGUACAACUCCACGGGUGAUCCGGGAGACGUUGCAUAUGAAGCCAAAUCAAAUGUGCGCACACUAAUACCCCACCCUCCCUUGCACGUGCCAGAUGUUUACGAUGCUUUACUUCAAAUUGCACUGGCUCGUGGACAAGGUGCGGCCAACCAGAAGCAGAAAAUAGUAGAGAAAUUGCUUGUUGCGGCCAAGGGGGAAGAAAUACGAUUCCUUGUCCGUACACUGAGCCAAAAUUUGCGCGUCGGCGCCGUUAGAACCUCUCUGCUUACAGCACUAUCCCGUGCUAUGGUAUUGACACCGCCGGGGACAAUCACAGUGCCCAUUCCAUCUGAUUCCCGGUUUUUUGUUAGCCCAAAACAUUUAGCACAGAUUCAACCCGUCUCACAGCAGCCGAGCAAGAAAGUGUUGGAUCCAGCUAGGGAUGCACUCAAUACCAUAUUCACCAACGCUGAAGCUCUCCUGAAGAGGGUUUACGUUCAGCACCCAAAUUAUGAUGAUAUAACCAAGGCACUACUUGAGGGUGGAUUGGAUCACCUCGCAGAAAGCUCGCCACUCACUGUCGGGAUCCCGUUAUUACCUACCCUAGGAUCACCCACCCGUUCUUUAGACGAGAUAUAUGAUAGACUGGGCCUGCUAUCAUUUUCUGCAGAAUUCAAAUACGACGGCCAACGAGCGCAGAUCCAUGCAUCGCGAGAUAACAGUCAACAACCUGCCGUUAAGGUAUUUUCUCGUCACCUCGAAGAUAUGACAGACAAGUAUCCAGAUAUCGUAUCGCUUGUCACCGACAUUUUUGCGAUUUCGCCUCGAACGACUUCUUUCAUUAUUGAUGCCGAGAUUGUAGCCAUAGAUCCCGCUGACGGGAGUAUCAAGUCCUUCCAAGAACUUUCAAAUAGGGCGCGCAAGGAUGUUAGAUCGGAGGACAUCAAGAUAACUGUUUGUGUAUUUGUUUUCGACCUCAUGUAUCUUGACGGGCAGGUGCUAUUGGAGAAACCAUUCAGGGAACGCCGAGCUCUGCUGCGGUCCCACUUCCCACCUUACACAUCAAAACGGAAGGAAGUCGCACGACUAGACCAUGUUCGGAGUUGUGAGAGUGAAGGUGGUAGAGAAGCCAUUGAAGAUUUCUGGAGGACAGCGCUGAGUAGUCAGUGCGAGGGUCUGAUGAUCAAGGCAAGUGAUGUGCUCCUUGAUAGUGGAGAUGUAUUGGAGGAUGUAGACCAGAAGGGGAAAUCCAGGCAUAAACCCUUGCCAGCCACUUACGAGCCAGACAGACGGACCUCCGCAUGGCUCAAGCUCAAAAAGGACUAUGUUAUUGGUCUUGGAGACAGCCUCGACCUUGUGCCCAUCGGAGCGUGGCAUGGCAACGGCCGAAAAGCUCAAUGGUGGAGUCCAAUCCUGCUGGCCGUAUGGGACCCAGUGGAUGGGAAGCUUGUGGCAAUGUGUAAAUGCAUGUCAGGCAAGCGGGUUGUCUUUUCCUGUGCUUUGUACGACUCAAGUGGGCAGCACGCAGGGUUUUCAGACUCUUUUUACAAGAGCCUGAAGGAACGUUAUCCCGAGGACUCGGAUACUUGUUCCCCCCAACCGCUCUGGGACCCGGUGUGCGAGACUGGAGGACUGAAACCCGAAGUUUACUUCAAGCCGCAGGAGGUCUGGGAAAUUCGCGGCGCUGACGUCACCGUGAGCCCUGUUUCAAUUGCGGCGCUAGGUCUUGUAUCCCAGACACGGGGACUAAGUCUCCGAUUCCCCCGCUUCAUGAAGGUCAGAGAGGACAAGAAGAUAGAUGAUGCAAGUACGCCAGACUUCCUGGCAAAUAUGUGGCGCACCCAGCAGAGUGCUGGUAAGGAUCAGCGAGGCGCAGAUGAUGGUGAGCUUGUUGAAGUGGAAAUAUCUCAGGGCGAAGUAUCGGAGAACGAAAGCGAAGAAUGA